GGAAUUUGUGGUGCUUACACUGUGUGACGAACAGGGAGACAUCACUGUAAGAGUCUCACAAGACAUUUCCCAAAGACUACAAAAUGGUGAGUAAACAACUAAAUUGCAUUCCAACAAUCUGGAUAUGAUUUUAAAUGAUGUAAAUUAUUUUUCAGAUAACAGUUUAGCAGCUGCACUUAUGCAGCAAGCAAGGGCUGCAACAAAUGCACAAGUCCCUUUAGAUCUGUCUUCAGAUGCUAGGCCUGCUCCUGAAAGGCCUGCUCCUGAUGAAAGACCUGCUCCUGACGAAAGGCCUGCUCCUGAUGAAAGACCUGCUCCUGACGAAAGGCCUGCUCCUGAUGAAAGACCUGCUCCUGACGAAAGGCCUGCUCCUGACGAAAAGGCCUGCUCCUGAUGAAAGACCUGCUCCUGAUGAAAGACCUGCUCCUGACGAAAGGCCUGCUCCUGAUGAAAGGCCUGCUCCUGUAAGGCCUGCUCUUGUAAGGCCUGCUAGAUCCCAAGCUGGCACUCCUCACCUGGCAUCCCCCUCCAGCCGGUCAGAACACCUUGAGGCAACACAAGAUUUCACACACAACACCAUACUGCUGCUUUUGGACCUGACAAAAACACACCAACAGGUGUACUAUCACUCCAAACCCGGUUAUAACAAAAUUCUACAACGGCAGUUCAGCAAGGAGGGAUACAGUUUCUCCUCAGACAAAAUCCGGAAAAAACUCAACAACCUUUUGACCACCUACAAAAGGGCCAAGGACCGUUGUACCUCAACAGGAGAGGGGAACAUAACGUGGGAAUAUUAUGGGAUAAUGGACAACCUGUUUGGGAGGUGCGGUGUUGGGAGCGCACCUCCAGGCACUCUUGUUUCCACCCCUCUAUUACCCACUGCCUCACAACCAUCCACCACACUGCCGUGUGCCUCUGAGGCCCAGCCUGGUCCCUCCAUGACCCUGCCCACCACACUGCCGUGUGCCUCUGAGGGCCAGCCUGGUCCCUCCAUGACCCUGCCCACCACACUGCCGUGUGCCUCUGAGGCCCAGCCUGGUCUCUCCAUGACCCUGCCCACCACACUGCCGUGUGCCUCUGAGGGCCAGCCUGGUCCCUCCAUGACCCUGCCCACCACACUGCCGUGUGCCUCUGAGGGCCAGCCUGGUCCCUCCAUGACCCUGCCCACCACACUGCCGUGUGCCUCUGAGGCCCAGCCUGGUCUCUCCAUGACCCUGCCCACCACACUGCCGUGUGCCUCUGAGGGCCAGCCUGGUCCCUCCAUGACCCUGCCCACCACUCAGCCGAGAUCAAUCCGGUCUCGAGUCUCCCAUCCCUCCUUCUACGACCUGUAUGAGGCCCACUCGGAGAGGAGGACCAGUGCACUGGAGACACUGGUGCGGCCAGAACAGGAGCGCCGGAGAAGGCUGAAGGAGAUAAAUAGGAGGAGGUUUGAAGCUAAAAUGUUGACUGCGAUGGGAGAAGUUGUUUCCCAGUUAAAGUCCAUUGGGAGCCAACAAGAGCGCAUCAUUGAGCUUUUGCAGGACAAGCCCAAAAUGCCAUAAUUUCCCCCAC